UGGAAGCUAGCAUCGAUGAUCGGGCGGACAUCAUCUAGAAAGAGAAGAUUGAGCUUCAACGACAGGCCUGGAUUGAGGGCUUGUAUGGAAGAGGAUCAGGACCCGAAUGAUCAUGACCCGGGAUCUAGCAGGGGGCUCCACCGGACAAUUAGCUAUCCGUCGGAGGAUGAUAUAGACAAGAGAGCCGAUGCUUUCAUUGCAAACUUUCAUAGGCAGCUUCGCUUUGAACGACAAAUUUCGUUGGAGUUGAGGUACUACAGAGGCAACAGCUUCGACUCCGCAACCUCUCCAUGACCUGAGUUUUCUUUAUUUUAAGGGUUUUUUCUAUUCUUUUCUUUUUUUUUUUAUUUGAGUACUUUUCGAGAGAAAUUAAGAUUUCUUUUGUUUUUCGAAGAGAAAAAAAAAACCAAUGGUGGAAAUCUUGAGUUUUUAUGAAUGGUUUUCCAUCAUAAAAGAUGUAUAUUUCUUUUCUGGGAUAAUUACACAUCGCUUCUCAAGUUUGGUGUAAUUACACGUUAAGAUUGUUAAGUAUAAUUUUUCAAAUCACAUGAAUUGUACGUAUGAUUGUACAAAAUUUUAAAAUGGUGGUGUAAUUAUUUAUUCUUUUCUCUUUGGGGCUUUUGCUAUAUUUUGUAUAAAUAUCUUCCAUUUUUGAUUGAUGAUUUGAAUGUGGUGGAUGAUGUUAAAUAGCCUUUUUUGUCUUUUGGGUCGUAUUCUUGAAAAGUUUGAAUGUCUUUCUUUUUCCCCCUUUAUUGAUGUGUUUGUAGAAUAAGAAGUUGAAAGUAUGCUAAUUUUUUAUUUUAAAUUUUAUUUUGUUUAAUAUAUACAAUUUUUUUAAAAAUAAAAUAGAUAGUAUAAUAUUUGCAUACAUAGUUUGUAUAUGAUAAAUAGAGUAGAAUAUAUAAGUAAGAUUUUAAAUAAAAAAUUCAAAUCGACAAUUCAUGAUGUGGUUUAAUUUUGUGAUGAUUAUUAUUAUUUUUCUUGAUCAAUUAUUGUUCCCUCUCUUGGAUACAUAAUGCUCUGAGCCCAAGAGUAUUGGGCUGGGCUACUUCUCGAUGGCCCACAUCAUGGGCUGAUUGUGCUUGGCCCAAUUGAAUCCUUCAAUUGGGACUCAAUGCUCUUGUUCGUGGACUUUAAGAAUUAUUAAGAAUAAAACUACAGUUUUAUCGAUUAAUAUACUUAAUGAGCAUCUACGAUAUUUUUUUAUGUUUUGGUAGUGUUGUAUUAAUAUUUAUAAGUUAAACAUUAGCAAAAAAGUUGAAAGCGUCUGAAAAUAAAAAUUAAACAUGAAAAAAGUUGAAGUUGGAGCGUCGGAAAAACAACUUAAUAUUUACAACUUUACAAUAAGUUGCAGAAGUUGGUAAAAUAUAAACACUUUUUUUAGCUUAUUGAAAAUAAGUUGAUAAGCACUUAUUUUAAGUCUUUACAAACGCCGCGUUUGUAGUUUUGAGCAAGAAUGGGGUGGUUGCAUCUCCGUAAGAUCCAUGCAUAGGCUAAUUAGUCGGUGUUGAGAAUAAAUAAUCAUCAUUCUCUAUACUAAUUUGAGAGAUUCGAACACAGGAUCUCGUCAUUUGCAGGAUCACAAGCCUACACCUUAUUUAUUUA